AUGUCGCAUUUUUUGGGGAAGGGCAAUGCCGCGACGUUUUUUGCGAUGGUCUUGACAUCAGGCCAGGCGCUGUUUUUCUUGUACCACAAGGAUAGUUAUGCGGACAAUCCGGUCAUGUUGCGCAGCAGCAAACCGAUGGUGAUGCGUGACGUGUUUUUAACAAAAUGCUCGAGUUUUUUCCCCAAUCCGCUCUCAUGCGUUUAUGUUCAUAAAGCCUCCGAUGCUUUUUUGAAUAGUUUGACGUCAUGGCUUCUGGUAAGACCAAUUGUGGAUGUUAUUGGGUGGAAAUCGGGCGUUGCACUUUACGCUGGAUCAGGACUAUUUAGCAGCUUUGCCUAUCUGUUUGGAUGUCAGCUGCGUAGGACCAAGACGAACACACAGUUUGAUUGCAAUGCCACUUCUAAUGGUGCAUUUGCCGGAUUUGCGGCCCUCAGUCUGAUGAUGCCAAAGUGUUACAUACCUGCGAGCAGGCGUGCUCCUGUUUACUACGUUGGAAUCCCAUACAUUGUGAAGUGUGCAUAUGAUGAGUAUAUUGGGCCUAUAUUUUUUGAGAAAAGGGAACCAGGCAACAUAGAACUGCGUAACUGGGGGUUUGUGGGUGGCGUGUUUUUUGCAUUUAUCUUUUCAUCCCUGGUAUUACGAACUCGCAGUGAUUUUGGGAGAAUGAAUUUGUUUUGGACAAAUCUGAAAAAAACUUCCUUGUAG